GCGGUUUUCCUUUUUUUUCCGUUUUUCAUCGCUCAUUUUCAUUUAACCGAAUGAUCUGAGAGUGCCGCGUGCGGCGCGUAGACCGAGUGCGGUGAGUGCAUAUUCUGUAUGCACUUCAGUGUGACUGUGCGUAGGUGCACCUCCGAGCUGGAGCACCCAGGAGGUUUCCCUUCAUCGCCCUGGGCGGCUGUACUGGGGCACCAACACACCGCCGCUGCUGCCGUAGCGGCGGCAGCAGCCACCAGCAUGAUGCAAACUAGGGACCAUCACUCGUACGCCACCCAUCAUCCUGCUACUCCCAUUGACUUGCACGUACCGCAGGCUUUUCCCUACUACCGAUAUCGAGAUGACACCCUAUGUUGGACCGAUAGGAAACCGUCUAUGGAAGAUGUAGGAAAUGCUUCAUCUGUAAAUGCACGGUAUGUUUAAA